AUCAGGAAGCACAUCCUGUUGGUGUCUGGCUGCCGUGGCAGGGCCGCUAUUUGUUGCAGUUGGCUACGCCCUCCAGCUCACCAAAAACAGUCUCAAAAACAACCAUUUCCUCUCUGCUGAGAGCCAGGGAAGGCGAGCUCCGCGCACCCGGGCGUCCCUGCGGCAGGCACUCUGCUUUCCAGGACGGGCCAGCCGCGCUAGAGGCAUCUGCACAGGGGCCCAGGCCGCAGAGAGAAGCCGUGAACCCGCUGCACGCCAGUCACCCUGCCUGGAGCCUGGAGCCCACGGCGGGUCGGUGCUAAGGAGUGUGUCCCUGGCUCGACUCCCACCGGCCUCCCGAGUGACUCUGCUUUCCACUGCUGCAGGCGAGAAGAGGCACGUGCGGCACAGGCCGGCCUCCGCUUCUCGGGAAGACGGCGCACUCCCAGCCCUGGGUUCUCGCUGCUGCCCGCCCUCUCCUCCCUGGGAUGGGACCCGAAGCAAGUGGCUUCAGCACAGGCCUAGCCCUGCUCCAGGUGCAGGAAGGAGGAUAAGGCCGGGCCGUGAGGCGGCUCACCUGGACCAUCCCAUGGGCCUCUGCCCGCACCGCUCCGAGGAUGAGCGGUGAUGUCCUCUAGCUGCCCCUAGCAGUGUUGGCUCUCCCUGGACGUGUGGCAGUGGACUGGGACUUGGCUUUGUCCGGCCGGAUAAGUGGCGGCACCAGCAUCAGCGAUGACCGUGCAGAGACUAGUGGCCGCGGCCGUGCUGGUGGCCCUGGCCUCACUCAUCCUCAACAACGUGGCAGCCUUCACCUCCAACUGGGUGUGCCAGACACUAGAGGAUGGGCGCAGGCGCAGCGUGGGGCUGUGGCGGUCCUGCUGGCUGGUGGACAGGGCCCGGGGAGGGCCGAGCCCCGGGGCCAGGGCCGGCCAGGUGGAUGCACGUGACUGUGAAGCACUGGGCUGGGGCUCCGAGGCGGCCGGCUUCCAGGAGUCCAGAGGCACCGUCAAACGUAAGUCCACUUGUUUUCCUGUUGCCUUCAAUGUGGCUGAGGCUCGAGAGCACAAGGGAGACACCAGGCAUAGACUUGUGCAGUUUGACAUGAUGCGUGCCUGCAACCUGGUGGCCACGGCAGCGCUUGCUGCAGGCCAGCUCACCUUCAUCCUGGGGCUGGUGGGCCUGCCCCUGCUGUCGCCCGACGCCCCGUGCUGGGAGGAGGCCAUGGCCGCUGCGUUCCAACUGGCGAGUUUUGUCCUGGUCAUCGGGCUGGUGACUUUCUACAGAAUUGGCCCAUACACCAACCUGUCCUGGUCCUGCUACAUGAACAUCGGUGCCUGCCUUCUGGCUACGCUGGCGGCGGCCAUGCUCAUCUGGAACAUUCUCCACAAGAGGGAGGACUGCAUGGCACCCCGGGUGAUUGUCAUCAGCCGCUCCCUGACGGCGCGCUUUCGCCGUGGGCUGGACAAUGACUACGUGGAGUCGCCAUGCUGACUCGCCCUUGUCAGGACAUCAUGGACGUGCAUCUGCUAUCAUGGAACAGCCUAGAAACCAACGGACUCCAGCACCAAGUCACUUCCCCUGCUUGUGCAGAGGCACGGGAUGAGUCUGGGUGACCUCUGUGCCAUGCGUGCAAGACGGCUGUGCGUUUACCGUUAUGUCGAUCAUAUGUCUAUAUGUGCCACGGGCCACCCUCGUUCUGCCUCCAGCUUCCCUGGUUAGCACCAAGCGGCUCUGCAGCCACCUGCGUUUCAGGGUGGAGGCUGGAAGCUAAGACACAGGGAAGGUGGCGUGAGGCUGCCCUGCCCUCCGCUUUGCUUUGGGAUUAAUUUAUUCUGCAUCUGCUGAGAGGGGUGCCCCAGCCAUGUCUUAUACUUCGGUAAAGCAGAACAAGCAGGAAGGUUUUCUUGAAAUAGCCACAGUAUUCCUUGAGUGAGUCAUAACCUAUAGCUGGAUAGUGAUGGUUUCAGACAGAAUCAUCCUCCUGUUAUGCUCAAUCCUUUUCCUAAGUUAAAUAAAUGCAAGCCUCUUAAUUCUGUC